AUGCUGUGGGAUGUAGAACAAUCGAAGUACGUGCCCAAGGCCAUCGACGGGGUCUACCGGGUUGAUGACGGGCUCAGCCCGGAGUUCCUUCUCGGCGCCGGCUCCGCGUUCUUCAAUGCUGUGUUCUCAGUGACGUUCCUGGCCGACCUCGCGACGUUCGCGAGCGCGCAAGGCAUCCAUGUCAUGCUGUACUCGGGCGAAAAUGAGUCACUCAACAUGACCUUCGGUGGCACUGAAGGCUCCACCCGGCGGCUGUCCAUGGCCUCGCAAGAUGAUAGUGGCGCGCUCGCCGGCAUCGUCCGCGCUGGACGUGUGUCCUCUCCCUCCACACUGGCCACCUCGUCCCUCAAGCCGUCGGGGGAUUAA